AUGAAUACGCAGACCAGCGAUGCCAACGUGUUCGAUAGGAAGGAGAAGCUGUGUAGAUCGCCAAUAUUGAAGGAGGUAGUCGCACAAAUGCUUAGUGGCAACACACAGCAGCAAAUAACCCCGAAAGGGCAAGGCUCGAUGCUAAACUUCACUACGCCCACCCCGAAGUCAAAGGAGGACAGCCAACAGACGAACAAGCUGCGAGCUGCCAAAGAAAAGCUUCUGAAACUGAUUGAGUUCAUGAAGGAGAGAAGUAACAUCCAUGGUGCGAUCAAGAACCAAGCGGCACGGACCUUAACGGCGCGACGACCGGAACCGGAACAGGCAGUGUCGAGAGCCCCGCGCACAGAAAAGCGGGAUCGGGAAUCGCCAGGAGAUAAGGUAAGCUCAAAAAAGUGGAAGGAUGAGCUGAACGGCGACCACGAAGAGCAAAAUGAAAACAGAGCGGAGGAGCAGUGCGACAUGGAGCAGGGUGAGGCUAGCGGCUGGCGAACCAUUCCUAAGCAGAAGGAGGAGAGUGAGAAAAAGAAAAAGAUGAAAGAAGAUCGGCAGAACCAGUUGCAGAGGGAAAUGCCGGUAGAACGCGAAGAAGCGGAAAAAAGGCGAAGAAUACGGAGAGACCCCAACCUCGUCGGAUCCGGAGCAGAGGCGAUGCUCUGA